UUUCUGUGAGAAAUCCCCUUGUGCCCCCCCUUCACAGACUCUCUAGUUCCAUGUAAUCGAUACAUUCCAUGUACAGCCGCAGCAUCAGUACCCUGUGAGUGAAUAAGCGUUUGCCUGCCUGCCUGCUGUACGCUGAGUGAUGCAGUAUCUCUGUGCUCCAUCACCUGCAGCACUCACUGGCUAUGGUUGCUAAGGAAACGGCCGCAUGGCAACCGGCUGAGAGCCUGGGGGCCGUCUGCUGCUGCUGCUGCUGCUGCCGAGCCUGCUCUCAUUCUCCAGCAAAGCUUCCCUCACUAGAUGGUGUGCGAGCCACCCGAGAAUAGAAUCGACUCCUCCACUCCUCCUCCUGAAGGUUCGCAGGGAAGUCUCAGAGAGAGAGAGAGAAAGAGGCUUUGCUGUGCCAGGGAUCCCAGGCUGCGAGCUGACAGGGGCAGCCCCAGCAGUGAUGGACAUGAUGAUGUUGGUGCAGGGUGCUGCAUGUUGCUCAAACCAGUGGCUGGCCGCUGUCAUCCUGAGCCUCUGCUGCCUGCUGCCCUCCUGCCUUCCAGCUGGACAGAGCAUGGACUUCCAAUGGCCAGCAGUGGACAAUCUGGUCGUCAGACAAGGAGAGACAGCGAUGCUUAGGUGUUUCUUGGAAGAGGGAGCUUCAAAAGGUGCCUGGCUUAAUCGGUCAAGUAUUAUAUUUGCGGGGGGUGACAAGUGGUCUGUGGACCCUAGAGUUUCAAUUGCAACAUCAAGCAAGCAGGAAUAUAGUCUACGGAUACAAAAAGUAGAUGUUUCAGAUGAUGGACCAUAUACUUGUUCAGUACAAACUGAACACAGUCCAAGAACAUUGCAAGUACAUCUCACAGUUCAUGUUUCUCCAAAGAUCUAUGACAUCUCUUCUGACAUGACUGUUAAUGAAGGAACCAAUGUGUCAUUAAUAUGUCUGGCCACAGGAAAACCAGAACCUUCAAUAUCAUGGAGACACAUUUCUCCUUCAGCCAAACAGUUCGGAAGUGGACAAUAUUUGGAUAUUUAUGGCAUUACAAGAGACCAAGCAGGAGAUUAUGAGUGUUCCGCUGAAAAUGACGUGUCAUUCCCAGAUGUGAAAAAAGUAAAAGUCACAGUAAAUUUUGCUCCUACAAUUCUGGAAAUAACACCAACUGGAGUUUCAUUGGGAAGAACAGGACUGAUCAGAUGUGAAACAGCAGCUGUGCCAGCCCCAGUGUUUGAGUGGUACAAAGGAGAGAAGAAACUCACAAAUGGUCAGAGAGGCAUACGCAUACAGAACUACAACACAAGAUCCAUUCUCACCGUUUCCAAUGUAACAGAGGAACAUUUUGGCAACUAUACGUGUGUAGCUGUAAACAAACUAGGAACCAGCAAUGCCAGCCUUCCUCUCAACCAAAUAAUUGAACCUUCCACCACUAGUCCUGUCACAAGUUCAGCCAAAUAUUCCGUGAAACAUUAUGCAAGAUCUUCAUCUGAUAAACCACACUAUGCAGCACCAAGUACAGCCCAGUAUGGAAUCACCGGAAGAGCUGAAAUUCUAUUCUCCUGCUGGUACCUUGUCUUGACACUGUCCUCUUUCACCAGCAUAAUCUACCUGAAGAACGCCAUUAUACAAUAAACAUACAGAACCAUAAAAUGGCUUUAAAGAUUUCUUUGAAAGUGCUGAUGAGAGGAUGCAAUCUGGUAGAGUUUGUUUGAAGCAGUAUGGGAUAUAAUCAACAGCGCUUACAUGGGGAUGAUCGGCUUCUGUAGAAUUGCUCAUUAUGUAAAUACCUUAAUUCUCCUCCUUUUUUGAUUAGCUGCAUUACGUUGUGAAGCAGUACACAUUGUCCUUUUUUUAAAAUGUGAAAGCUCUGAAAUUACUUUUAGAGGAUAUUAGUUGUGAUUUCAUGUUUGUAAUCGACAACUGUCCAAAAGUGUUCAUUGAUGGGUCUGAGACUCUAGGUGCAGGCUGCUGUUUACAAAAUACAAAUAUUGCAGAGGGAAAAAAAAAUCAGAAUAUGCUUUAAAGCUCCGAGGCACGUGUUCUGUUGCCUUUCGAAAUAAGAUUUUGAACUCAUGUGUAUCAGACAUUUUUCCAUUUUUAUUACAAAAUUAUUGCCUUCAAAAGAUUAUUCCUGUUACAUUUAGCUAGAUCUACUGCAAGUUUAAUUUUUGGGUAUCAAGGAACAGUAUUAUAAAAUAAACUGCAUGAAGCAGUUUGGAUUUAUACUUGUAUGUUUCGCAUGGGUGUGCCUUCAUAAAGUUUUAUUAUUUUUUUUUAUUCAGAAGGGGUUUCCUAGCUUAAGGGAUAAGUCUAUUACAAAAAAAAAAGUUCCAAAUGUACAGAACAUAUUUUUAGGAGAUCACAUCAUGUAACCAUCUAAGUAUGAAAGACUUCUCUGUGUGCUAAUCCGAACCUCCAUACCUUAAACCAAGUGUUCUUUAACCCCCUGCAGAUUCUCUAAUGUAACAUUCUUUUGUUGGCAGUUCAUGUAGUCCAAUAGAAGACGCAGUUGUGUCUAUGGCUGAACUUCUUGGCAAAUUACACCUAUUCCAUAUAUUUUUGCAGAUCCCUAAUUAUAGCACAAUUCUCACGUGUUUUGUGAUUUCAGAGCUCUUUCUCUUCAAAAGUAUUAUUCAAAAUUCUUUAAAAUGUUGUGCAAAUGAGAAUGUGACAAUCCAUUUUAUCAUCUGAUCUUCAUGGAAUCUGUAUUGUUUUGCACUUGAUUUUGUACUGAAUUUGUGAAACUAGCUAAAAUAGUCAAGAAAAAGUGGAUAUAUUUGGAAAUGGGUCUACUCAGCGGAAAAUAAAAUUCUGGUAAAAUCCA